CCGGAUGUCCUUCGCCCAAGUGCGGGUGGACAGAUAAUGAUUAAUUUUAGCGUUCGUUUUCUGCCCGUACCAACAACAACAGCACUCUACUGCUGUACUAGUCUAUUACUAAGUAAGUAUUAGUAAUACUGAGUAUUAGCCGGUGCUGGAAGUAACCUCGUUGAGCGACGUACAGCUCGCCGCUGCUCUCAAUCCCUAUUCGCCCACAUACUCGUAGUCAUUGCCACACCACUCACCGAGUCACGGAUCCAACAGACUAACUACUUUCGACACAGCUGGACCGCUAACUGUGCCGCUGACACCGGCUCGCCUCCGAAAUGGCCGUGGUGUACUGCCACCUGUUGUUCCCUGUGCAAGCGCUGGCACUGCUGCUUCUGCCCUUGUUCUCCGCUACACCAGGGGUAGUAUGUGUAGGAGAUGAGGAAGCACUGGUCAAGACUGGCAAUCAUGUUCCUGAAGACGAUGGUUUGGCAGUGCUGUUGAACAGUAUCGAGAAUGAAGACCUGGUGGCAACGACAAGGACACCGAUGGGACGAGACAGGGAAGUGGACAUGGUGAAUAUGCUGUCCACGAACCAGCAACACACCAAUCAGGGUGAUGGUGACCAUGGCAACGAUGACGAUGACGAAGAGGAUGAUGUCGUGACGGUGGACACACCAGCCGACGGACGGACAAGCUGUGACUUCAAGCUUGAUUUAGCACAGCAGCAUAUUGAGGCAUUGGAGGCAGCGCAGGCGAAAGCGGCAGAAGGUGCCGAGACAGCAAACACGGCGACUCGGCUACUAAACGUCAAGCUCAAGCUCGUCAUGCAAACAUUGGAUCAGAAGACAAAAAAGAUCCGAGAACUGCAGCGCCUCAACACCGCGCAGGAGAAGGAGCUGUCCGAGCUGCAAACCGACGUCUACGAGCUGUGCAUGGAGAACCUGGCGCGGGAGCCCGAUCCAGCCAUGGCAGAGGUGGGUGAUGCGGACGAUGGCCUCCUAGACGGUAAUGGAGUAUGCAACAAGCUGCUCCAAGACACAAUACCGGCAACUGGCCAAUCCGAGGGAAAGAAGACGGUGGCCGAUAAUGGUUUCGAUUGGAAGAAAGUAACAGAUGUUUUGCUGAGUUGAGCAUACACCGGACUGACGUCGACUUCAUGCUGAUGCUUGUUGGGAUGCAGGACAGUGCAGACUCGUGGGCUGUAAACUGAGCUCUGGAGCAGGUGUGUGUGUGUGUGUGUGUGUGUGUGUGUGUGUGUGUGUGUGUGUAUGUGUGUGUGUGUAUGUGUGUGUGUGUGUGUGUGUGUGUAUGUGUGUGUGUGUGUAUGUGUAUGUGUGUGUGUGUGUGUGUGUGUGUGUGUGUGUGUGUGUGCAUAUGUGCGUGUUUGAGAGUGUCUACGCGUACGGUGUUUGGUUGUCUGCCUUUGAAAAAGGCACUGAGUAUUUACACAAAUCAGAAUUUCCUCAUGAUAAUCAUGCAUUAAUUCGGAACAAGGACUGACCACUUCCUUCAUUUUCUGCAAAUAAAUGAACACUUUCUAGUUCCAA